AUGGACUUUCUGUUUGGUCAUGGAAAAGAUCAAGAUAAUGCUGGUGAAUCUACCAUGGAUGCUUCAUCCCCUACAGGCAAUGGUGCGCCAGACGGACGUAAGUUGCGCUGUCGCAUAGGUCCAUCCACAAAGACAAUGGCUGUCUAUAAUGUAAAUGACGACGCUCAUCCAAUGUUUGUCGAUGGUCCACUCUUUGUUGGGCAUGUAUGCGUACGAAUCAAGAAUUUCGAAGGAAUCACAGCUGAUGGCUCGCAGCCGAUAAGGUCAUCACCCUACUUUGGCACCAAAAGGAGGAUGUUUUCCAUUCAAGCUCAAGGAAGAUUCAAACAGGAAUACUCUGCAGAUGAUGUCGUAUUUGGAUCCGAGUUUGACGACAAGGUGUCUCCUCCAACCGGAGCAUGGAUUGCAAUGAAAUUUGCAAAUCUCAUCGAUCCUGCACUCGCUGCGGAUUUAUAUGCCGAUAAGCCGUGGUUAUACUCACCCAUGUUAUGUGCCAUGAAUAUCCUUAACGUACGCAAAGCACCUCGUCCACUUCCAUCACCAGACGCUCUUAGCAAGGCCUUUGAAGGCUUAUCUGUGUCUAAAAGUAACCCUCAUGAAAUCGCCAUAAAUGCUCUGAAGUUGACAACCCCACCAACACCAGCAGAUAUAGUAGGAAAUUGGGAAUGGGGUGGUGAAAACGAGCUCAAGGAAGACUCUGGCCUUUUGCUUCCGAAAGGCGAAGACGCGCCAUUCGCACCAACUAGUGUAUCAGAUCGUAGGAAGCACUUCCAAAAGGCUGCCAGUCGAAAAGUAGUCUGCUUCAAACCAGAGUUUGUUUAUAACUUUGAGAUAUUUGCUCCCUUUAUGGACUUCAAUACCUAUGACCUCAGUCUCGGCAUCAAUGUGAAUGUGCUCAAGUAUGCCAACUAUCAACCCAUCCGACUCUUUACGAAAUCCGCUUCCAAAAACAUUCCCUUCUUUAUAAUUGAAUUUGAUCUGGUUGAUAGUCAUGGCCACGGGGUAGGAUAUGUUAGAGAAAAUGGAGGGCUGCGACCACCUUCGUCGCCGAAAGGAUCCAAGUCCGAUGAGGAAGACGACGAGGCACAAGGGCUACAGGUGGCUGUCACUUCCUUACCCAAGCUCUAUCAAAAUCCAAAUCACCGCGUCUAUGUGAUGACUGUAAGUGAAAGGACGAGCCCAUCAUCGAGAGCCUCUUCAGCUUCUUCAAGGCAUUCUCGACGCUCGUCCACAACAUCAUCAAAUCGGACGACUGGACAUAACAACCGAGUCAAAGUGGUUGGAUUGAUAAAAGUUGGCCAAAAAAAUUUAUACCUUAGUGAUACGAAUGGACAUCUCCAACGAGCCAAUCCUUUGUGUGUCUUGGAUUUCUACGUUCAUGAAUCUUGUCAGAGACGGGGCUAUGGAAAAGUCCUUUUCGAAGCCAUGUUGAGACAAGAGAGAACUUCAGCGACACGAUUAGGCUAUGAUCGACCCUCUCAUAAAAUGAUUGGCUUCCUGAGACGACAUUAUUUCACUGAAUUCCUACCGCAAGCCAACAAGUUUGUCAUUUCAAAAGCCUUCUUCCCAACGCCAUCUUCAACUCGAGCUGCUCCUGGAUCACGGCUGUGCUCUCGUGAAAAGUCGGGCAUAUGGUCUGCACCUUCUGAAAAAUUACCAGGAAUGUCCCUUCCACCCAUAACUGUUGCUGAACGCGCUACGUCAUCGGCCACGCACCUGUCUUUUGGAACUUUUCGCGAUACAAGUCUCAAACUUGAACACCUGACCAAUGUCAUAACCGGACAACCGAAUAGUUCAUACCAUUGGAAUUCGCCACAGACAAGCAACAACCAUCGAAGGUCGACGCUGCCAUCAUCUCUUCCUCCACUAAAGAAAAUUGAGCUUCAAGGAGAGAGAAUACCUUGGAAUCAUAACCACAGAGUCCGUGGCAACAACUACAUCAAUAAUCACCUCGCUACCGCCGCGUACUUUUGA